AUGUCGCCAAAAACUCACCGAGCGCACGCUCCUCGUGCUGACAACAUCGGACAAUCCAACACGACCGCGAGUUUGUUCUUGGGGGGCGUGCGGAGGAAUUGGAUGGGUCCGGAGGGCUCGGGUCAGAUACGCGCGCGACAACCAUCCAACGUUGAUAUUCCUACAGGCUCUCAGCCUCCACGUGCCGAGCCCUUGAUGUCCCCUGCUACGGGUGACACCCUGCCUUUCCCCCGUUCCGGAUUCACGGCUGUCAACGCAAAAAAACCCGAUCCGCCACGAGUGACGGCUUUCCCUUCGCCAGUGCCAAGUACAAAUUCUCACCCCAGCCCAGUUGGCUCCGAUGGGAUCGUACAUCCCCCCACUGGGCAACAGACACAGCGUGGAAAUGAGGAACACAUGGCAGCGACCCUGCCUACGGUAGGAGUCUCCCGGCCCCAAUCUAGAACUCAGAAUCCGGUGGUGGGAGCCCAGCGUGCUGCAAACCCGCAUGGCACACCGACGACAGGACCAGGUUCUGAUGGACAGCGUGGGAGUGGGCAAGGCACGCCCUCAACCCUGCCCUCGGACGAAUACUUCCAGCCCAGACCUCUGAGUCCUUUGGUGGAAGCUCAGCGGGAUACAAACCCGCAUGGUACACAAACUACGGGGUCCAGUGCUAACAGGCAGCGUGGAAAUGAGGAACAAGAUACCUCGGCCCUACCUCCGAACGGAUCUGCCCAAGGCCAGUCCACAGCCCAGAGUCCUUUGGUGGGAGCCCAGCGUGAUACAAAUCCCCAAGCCACACAGCAACCAUCAGGGCCAUCUCCCGGCGGGCACCCGCAAGAUGCUGGACCAUCCCUUGUAAACCCCGUUCCAGACGACGGACAGUGGGAACUCUGGUCGACACAGUUGGACACUCUGGUAUCUGAGUUGAACCAGAAAAAAGUGCUCACUGCGAACGUGGGUCUACCUCGAGUUGAUCUACUGCGCCAAGCUAUCCAAAAAAAAGACACCUUUUAUCUGGCGGUGCAUCAGUUGUUCUGCCGAUCUAGCAUUGAUCCAACGACCCUAGGUUUUCUUGGAGCACCCGAGGCAGGAAUUCGCAUGCUCGCACGUCUUCUAGAAGACAAUGAAAAGAUGGAUUAUGCAGUGACCUUCGGGUUUUCCCAUUUCCCAGCGUCUCCUCAGACCUUAAUCUCACAACCGUGGUAUUACAAGGCAGUCGCUAAGGUUCCACUAUUCUUAAAGCGUCUAGCAGGUGAAUGGGAGGGUAUAUAUACCUGGGCCCUUCGUCCACCCCUGGUGGAUGAGCUCCGGACAAAGUUCACAGUCGACUCUCCGGUCUUGAUGGCGGUGAUGUUCAUGUGUAUUUCGCGGGGACUCUAUGAAGAGCAAUAUAUCAAAAAGCUCUUGCAGUUGUUCUGGAAUGACUGGGCAUCAUACACGGGGCUUCUAGACGGUCGGGUUACCGAGACGAGCAGGCGGACCCUCCGUCAACACUUGAAUCGGGAGUAUCUCAAGUUUCCCAAACUCCAUGCACCGCCUCAAUCACCCCAGGUAGCCCAGGUAGACCAGUCUCAGUCACCCCAGGUAGUUCAGUCACCUCAGGUAGCUCAAUCGCCUCAGGUAUGUCAUUCACCACAGGUGACACAAGCAACGCAGGUCCAUUACCCCAAUUCCCCACACCCUAAACUUCUGGGUCAGACCAUGCCACAAACUGUGCCGGUCUCAUCACCCUACGUUGGAUAUCCGGCCUCUAGCCAACCACCCGCGAGCGCAGCUGGUGUGGGUGAGUACUAUCAUUCUGCCUCAAAUUCCCCCCAAGUGCAGUCUAGUCCAUCGACUGGUUACUUGUAUCCACCAGGACGGCAGCCCCAGCUUCAUGAAAUACAGACGCAGGCAGCGCGUCGUGAACAACUGCACCCAUCUCAGAUGCCUCAUGCAAUGACACAGGGAAUGGGAGCUUUUGCACAGGCCCCAGUCCAGAUACCUCGAGCUCCGGUCCCUUUGACACACCCCUCGCCUCUUUCUUUCAGUGCUGCACCCUCACAACCAUUCAGACCUUCCAUCACUAUCAAUUCUGCCCACCCUCAGAUUGCAUCGCAACCCCACCUUCAACACAGACAACUGCCCUUGCCGUCUGCACCUAUCACACCAGCUCAGACUCUUCAACGGGAUCCUUCGAUCUCUUACUUUCUCCCAACACCUGAUUAUAGAGCGCCGAUGACGGUUAAUCCAAAUCCAAUGCGGCUCGGCUUACAUCAGGCGAAUCUUCGCGAUCCCAUCAAAAAGCUGCUGACCAAGGGGACAGAUGGACAGGAGAUUGAAACCAACUUGUCUUGCUACCUUGCCGGUUGCGCUAUACCGACGACCAUCAUUAGUCCUCAGGUGCCGAUGUACGAGUGGAACUUCGAUGUUCCGGAGACGUUCUACCAAACAUUUCCACACAUGACUCCACAAAACCCAGGGCAACGUCCCAUUUGGACCUACAGGCCUGGUUGUAACACUCUUCGGUUGCGGUCCAUCCGCCUUCCUGGCAAUCCCACCUCCGGUGCAGAGCAAUGGCCUAACGAAAGCACUUAUUGGCCCAGCGUUCUCUACAUUCACGUCAACGACCAAGAGAUGUUCGUACGUCGAAAAGUUCACAACGGAAAAGACCUCCCCCUAGAUAUCACGGCGAACAUUCGCCCCGGCCGAAACACCAUCAAGAUCACCCUGCUUCUGGGACAAGACGAGUGCAAGAAUUCAAGAUAUGCCAUGGGCGUGGAAAUACUCAGAAUCAGUGAUUUCGAGCAACUCAAAAGCAUGGCACGGCCCAUCCCAGCCGCAGACUCUCGGGCACUCAUCCAAAAGCGCCUCACCCCAACAUUAGACGACGACGACUUGGCCGUCGUAACCGACAACCUGACAAUCAGCCUUGUGGACCCCUUCAUGGCCCGCAUAUUCGAUAUCCCAGCCCGGUCCCGAAACUGCACUCAUUUCGACUGCUUCGACCUCGACACCUUUAUCAAAACCAGAAUGUUCAAAUCUGACGAGAAGCCCAUGAUCGAGAAUUGGCGCUGUCCCACCUGCAAGAAAGAUGCUCGUCCGCAGUUUCUCGUCAUCGACCAGUUCCUCGCUGACGUGCACGCCAACCUCGCCCGCACCAAUCGACUCGACCGCGCCCAGGCAAUCCAAUUCAAGGCUGAUGGUUCGUGGACGUUGAGGGAAGCCUCUGACGAGCCUUCUUCUCCAGCUGACCGGGCCCGUCUCGCGACGAAGCGCAAGGCUGAUUCUAUGGAAAACCCCCAAGGCCAGGGGGGACCACGCCCCAAGAUUGGAGUCAGUCCGCCUGUGACCCAGGCUUCUGUGAUGCAGGAUCAUACCGUCAUCGAACUGGACUAA